AUGGCGGAGUUCAAGGCGAUCUGUUGCUUUGCGGCGGUGCUCUCGUGGCUUUCGCUGUGCCUGGCGAAAGACGUGACGGUCACGGUCGCCGGAGUGACCGACGUGGCAAGGACCGAUGAUAACUUUGUGUGCGCGACAUUGGACUGGUGGCCGGUCGAUAAGUGUGAUUACGGUCAGUGCCCUUGGGGGAUGGCCGGGAUCAUCAACUUGGAUUUGAAGAACAAGAUCCUGUCGAAUGCUAUAAAGGCUUUCAAUCCUCUGAGGAUCAGAGUCGGAGGCUCGUUGCAAGACCAGGUCAUUUACAAGGUCGGAGACGCGAGACCGGUGCGCAAAUGCCCCCACUUCAAGAAGCGACCCAGCGGCAUGUUUGGGUUCAGCCGGGGUUGCCUCACGAUGGACCGGUGGGAUCAGCUUAAUGAGUUGUUCAAUGAGACCGGAGCUGCAUUGACUUUCGGCUUGAAUGCUCUCAUCGGAAGGCACAGGUCGCCCAAUGAUAGCGACCAUUUCAUCGGUGACUGGGAUUCACAGAACGCCCGCGAUCUCAUGAGUUACACCAUCUCCAAAGGAUACAAGAUGGACUCAUACGAACUCGGCAACGAGCUCUGUGGAUCUGGGGUUUCUGGAAGAGUCGACGCCGACCAGUACGGAAAAGACAUGAUCGUGCUCAAGAAGAUGAUUGAGGAAUUGUACCCAGACCCGGCCACGAGGCCAAAGGUCUUGGGUCCGGCUGGAUUUUACGACCAGAAGUGGUUUGAGACCUUCCUCCAGGCCUCAGGACCCAACGUAGUCGACGGUUUAACCCACCAUAUAUACAAUCUCGGUGCAGGUGUUGAUCCGACUCUCAUUGACAAGAUUCAGGACCCGUACUUUCUGGACGAGAUCGCUCAGACGCAUAAGGAUGUCAUGAGAACCGCAGAGAGAUUCGGACCAUGGUCGGGCCCAUGGGUUGGGGAAGCAGGCGGGGCUUAUAACAGCGGCGGCAAGGACGUUUCACACACCUUCGCCAAUGGAUUCUGGUACUUGGAUCAAUUGGGCAUGACAUCCCAGUUCAACCACAAGGUCUUCUGCAGACAAGCUUUGAUUGGUGGAAACUACGGUCUCCUCAACACUACGAGUUUCGUCCCAAACCCGGAUUAUUAUGGCGCGCUCCUGUGGCAUCGCCUGAUGGGGAAACACGUCCUUGCGACGAUGCACGAUGGUUCUGCUCAUUUACGUGCAUAUUCUCAUUGCUCGAAGGACAAGCCUGGCGUGAGCCUCAUCCUGAUCAACAUGUCGAACUCGACUUCCUUCAACGUUUCGGUCGUCAAUGACCUGAAUAUAUAUCCUGCAGUCGAGCAGGCUUGUGGCGGCAGGCAACCUAGAGAAGAGUACCAUCUGACGCCAAAGGACGGGAACAUCCAAAGCGACGUGCUGCUCCUGAACGGGACUCCGCUGGAGCUCACCGAAUUGUCGGACAUACCUGAGAUGAAGCCAGAGCUCGUCGACCCAUCCUUGCCAAUUGCUGUCGCGGCCGAUUCGAUAGUGUACGCAACCCUCAGGGACUUCAGGGCACCAGCAUGUGCUUAAGAAGUAUCCUUCCCAAGUCUCCUGGAUGGACAGGUUCUAGUGAUGAGAAGAGCUCUUUAGGCAUCGUUUCCUAGGAUUUAGAUUAGCCGGUUAGAGUCAGACGUCCUUUCAAGUUUGAGAAAUCUUCUCAGUACCCAAAAACUUUUUUGUUCUGGUUGGUAUACAAAAUGUGGAUUAUCCU